UGAUAUCAUAAAUUUUAUUUUUCAUGCUUUAAAACUCAGAUCAUCAAGGACUUUGGGUAAAAUCCAAGGUUUUUAAACAAAACAGCCAACCUGUCAAAGCUACUUGGACUCUUGACAUUUUUUAAAUAACAUUGAUUACAGGAAUAUAACAGAUAACCUUGUUUGUGUUUUGCUCUUUUCUGUUAUGUUUGACACUACAUUAGAACAUUUAUCAGAGACUUUUAAAAGCAAUUUUUACCUUUCAGAAAUUAUAUAUAGCAUCCUGAAAAACAAUGUAAAUACCAAGAAAGCAAUGCAAACCAUCAGACUUAGGGGUCAUCCACUGAAGUUGACGAUCAAGAUUUAAGUGACAUCAAUGAGAGAGAGAUUAGGCCAUCAAGACUUAAAUGUACCCACAAGAUCAUUAAAGCAAUCCUAUGGUCUUUUUCAGACAAAAAACAAUAUCAUCCGCAUGUAGUUUAUAUUGUUGUUCUGGCUCUUUAUAUGAAAAUAAUUAGGAAAGCAUUUUAAAGUCUGAUCCAAAGCCCAUUGAAGAGGAUGGGAGUAUUUCCCCUGGACUUCAUGAGCUUUGAAUCAGGUCAAUAGCCUUAAACUUGAGUAAAAGGGUUACAGAAGUUUAAAAUUUGAGAUAACAUGGCAGUAUUACUGUGUAGUAGUGUAGUGUUAGCACUGAAAGUUUAAAAAAAAUCUUGCUGAAGCAUAAUAUACUCCUAUGUCAAAUGGAAAAUAACUCCUAUAAUAAAAACAACAAAGAGUCUGGUGGCACCUUAAAGACUAACAGAUUUAUUUGGGCAUAAGCUUUCGUGAGUAAAAACCUCACUUCUUCGGAUGCAACUAUAAUAAGAAUAUCUGCCCCCCGGCUACUGACCUGAUUUAUUCCCUGAAAAAGUCCGAAGUGCUGACAGAAAUGUUUGAGAUUUUAAGAUAAUUUUCUAUGUUCUUUGUUCUUUGUUGCCUUUCACUUCUUUUAAUAUCUGCACACAUUUUGAAGCAGGACACACACACAACAUUUUUAUAUCUAUAUCUAUAUGCUUGGUAGAUUAUUUUUUUAUAAUGUCUAUUUAUUUGUAAGCAUUUUUAGAUGGUUAUUGAUUUUAAAUUUUCACAGAUGUGGGAAAUUAAGAGCAGAAAUUCAGACAAUUAUUUAAUGACCGGAGAUGUUGCCAUUCAAAAAGUUAGUUUUAUAAACAUUUAAAACCCAAUUGUCAACAUCACAUGUCAACAUAUACAAAGUCAAUAUCCUUAAAUCAACAAAGUAUACCUGUUUUUACAAUUCAUCUGCUAAUUUAUUUGUAACAAGCUUAAUUCAAAACCAUUUUUCUUACUUUGCCUAUCUAUACAUUUUGAUUAUCUACGGAAAUUGCGUGUGUGGUGAGAUUGACAGCUACUGAUUAAAAAUGUUUCCUAGGGAGUAGGCACACCCCAUGUAUAUAAAUUAUUUCGGAAACAUGCACUUGCAUAAUAUCACUUUUUUCAAUUUAAAUACAGAUCUGAGACUAACUUCUGCACUAAAUGACAGCUUGUGAAGUCAAUAGGAUUGCAUAAAUAUAAACAGGGACAGAAUUUGGCGCAGAAUAUGUAACGGUGCACAAGAAAGUAAAAUGAUUUAAGGACUGAUUUAAUGUAUAAUUGAUUAGCAGUGGCAGAGACAAGCAUUAAGGUGAGCUCUACAUUUUACUCAAAAACUUGCAAGCUUUCUUUUACAUAUCCCAUUAAAACCAAAUGAUGCUAUUUCGCAUCCUACUGUAAUGGGUUAUAUUUCUCCCACAUCAGACAGAAUGUCUGCAGACUAACUAGGCUGUAGUUGUAAAGUUUUUAUCUUUCUCGUGGCUCGUAUUAUUACUAUACUUGUACCAAGAAGGCUAGACUUCUCCUCCUCUGCCGCUGGCGGGUCCACACACUAUUGCGUUUGCAGGGACGUAAAACAAAUGCGGAGCCUGAUCAAAGCACGAAGUGAAGCAAAGCACGGCUGACUCUGGGCAAGCGAUGGCUGGAUGUGUGUGUUCCGAUGGCUGGAGGGAGACGGCAGCAGGCGGGCGGGGGAGGGGGGCUGCAAAGCAGACUCAAACGUGGUCCUGUUGUCAGAUCUGUGUUUUCUUCUUGUCAAUCUGCUCCGAUUGGGGAGACGUGUCUGGCUUCUCAAGCAAUCAGUGCGCAGGCGCAUAUCAUUCCCGAGCCCCAGUGAAAUGCUCUUGGACGUAGGAAGGGGAUCACCCUCUUUCCCUGUCUGUGUCUCCUUCCCUCUCUCUCCUCCCCCCACCUCUCUCUUUUCCUCUGCUUAGUCCAGGCCCCCUUCUUGUUUUUAACGUCGCCUACUCCCUAGGAAACAGUAUCCCCCAGCUCCCGCUUCUCUAACCAGGCUCUCUGAAGCCAGUUCUGCCUGUUGAUUACUCCCUCCCCCCCUUUCCUUGCUUGAUUUCAAACCUUUGGAUGGUGUUUUGGUGUCAUUAGGAGAUUAUCAUCCCUGGAGCUCCAGAAAGAGGGGGGAGGGAGAGGCUGGAAUAAUAACACAACUGAGAUUUUGACUCUGUCCUGCAGCCAUCCCAGCGAUCGCUGGCUACCAGGUUGCAUCUGGGGGUGGCUGGAUCCCUCCCUAGGGCUGCUUCUGGUUGCUAGUAGAUUGGCUCUGGUUGCCGGCUCCUAGGAGGCUUUGCAGUUGGGGGUUGCCGGCUCCUAGUUGGCGGCUGCUGCUGCUCCAGCUCGCAGCCCCACUCUCUCUCUCUCUCUCUCUAUGAGCAGAGAGGCAGAGGAGCAGCAGCAGGGGACGCCAGGAGGAGCAUUCCUUCCCCGGGGUUUAUGAAUGGCACUGACAUGGAGGAAAUACCGUUUCAGAAAGUCAAGACCAAGAGGAAGAAGUGCUGUCACUGCUGCUGCUCCCCCCCGGCCGCGGCGGGCGCCGGGCUGGGGGGAUCCCCUCCGCUGCUGCUGCUGGAUGCCAUCGCCUGCGAGGACGAGUUCGAUUGCAAGGAGCUGGAGUCCCUCUUCCAGAGCUACAACCUGAAGCUGGAGCAGACCUCCACCCUCAAGGCGCUGGCCGUGCUCAUCGUGCUGACCGCCAGCCUGGCCCUGGUGGAGCUGCUCUCCGGCCCCAGCCUGACCAUCUCCAAGGGCUCGCACCCGGUGCACUGCAUCAUCUUCCUCUCCCUCUUCAUCGUCACCAACGUCAAGUACCUGCAGGUCACCCAGCUGCAGCAGAUCGUCAAGCUCACCCUGCUCUUCAGCUUCACCUUCUCCUUCCUCUGCUGCCCCUUCUCGCUGGGCGCCUACGGCCUGGAGCCCCCCAGCGCCCCCGAGCAGGGCAUGUGGCAGCUCAUGCUGGUCACCUUCGUCUCCUACUCGCUGCUGCCCGUGCGGACCCUGCUAGCCAUCGUCUUCGGGCUGGUGGUGGCGGUCUCCCACCUCAUCGUCACCGCCACCUCGGUCAGUGCCAAGAGGCAGCGGCUCUGGAGGACGCUCAUGGCCAAUGCUAUCCUGUUUGUCAGUGUAAAUUUGUAUGGGGUCUUUGUGAGGAUUUUGACGGAAAGGGCUCAGAGGAAGGCAUUCCUUCAAGCCAGGAACUGCAUAGAAGACAGGCUAAAGCUGGAGGAUGAAAAUGAAAAACAGGAGCGUCUCCUGAUGAGUCUUUUGCCCAGGAACGUUGCCAUGGAAAUGAAGGAAGAUUUCCUGAAGCCACCCGAAAGGAUUUUUCACAAGAUUUACAUUCAGAGACAUGACAAUGUUAGCAUUUUGUUUGCAGACAUUGUGGGGUUCACUAGUUUGGCAUCACAGUGCACUGCUCAAGAGCUGGUGAAGCUUCUGAAUGAACUCUUUGGCAAGUUUGAUGAAUUAGCUACAGAAAACCACUGCAGAAGAAUUAAAAUUCUAGGGGACUGUUACUAUUGUGUAUCAGGAUUGACACAGCCCAAAACGGACCAUGCCCACUGCUGUGUCGAAAUGGGACUGGAUAUGAUUGACACCAUCACGUCUGUAGCAGAAGCCACUGAAGUGGAUCUCAACAUGAGAGUUGGACUACACACAGGCAGGGUGCUUUGUGGGGUCCUAGGUCUCCGCAAAUGGCAAUAUGAUGUCUGGUCAAAUGAUGUGACUCUAGCAAAUGUAAUGGAAACUGGAGGAUUGCCUGGGAAAGUUCACAUAACAAAGACCACCUUAGAGUGCCUAAACGGUGACUAUGAGGUAGAACCAGGGUAUGGCCAUGAAAGGAACAGUUUCUUGAAGAAGCAUAAUAUUGAAACAUUUUUUAUUGUGCCAUCCCAUCGGAGGAAGAUAUUUCCAGGACUGAUUCUCUCAGACAUAAAGCCUGCCAAAAGAAUGAAGUUCAAAACAGUCUGCUACCUGCUGGUCCAGCUCAUGCAUUGUCGUAAGAUGUUCAAAGCUGAGAUACCUUUCUCCAAUGUCAUGACAUGUGAGGAUGAUGAUAAGAGAAGAGCAUUAAGAACAGCCUCUGAAAAACUCAGGAAUCGUUCCUCUUUUUCUACGAAUGUGGUAUACACCACCCCAGGAACUCGAGUAAACAGAUACAUCAGCCGUUUGAUAGAGGCCCGGCAAACUGAGUCCGAGAUGGCUGACUUGAAUUUCAUUACCCUCAAGUAUAAACAAAUUGAACGUGAGCAUAAAUACCACCAGCUUCAGGAUGAAUACUUCACCAGUGCUGUAGUUCUUUCACUAAUUCUAGCUGCCUUAUUUGGCCUUGUCUACCUUCUAAUAAUCCCACAGAGUACCAUAGUCCUUGUCCUCCUGGUGUUCUGCAUAUGCUUCCUAGUGGCUUGUAUUAUGUACCUACAUGUCACACGAGUACAAUGUUUUCCAGGGUGCCUGACAAUACAGAUUCGUACCAUUUUAUGUAUUUUUAUUGUGCUCUUAAUUUACUCUGUGGCUCAAGGGUGCGUGGUUGGAUGCAUGCCUUGGGUAUGGAGUACGAAUUCCAGCAGUUCCAUUGUUAUCAUUUCUCCCGGUGGAAUGAAUAAAACAAUGAAUGAACUUCCAUGUGAUACAGCCCAUUAUGCUUUCCUUUCCUGCGUUGUGGGGACUCUUACCUUGGCAAUAUUUCUACGUGUCUCUUCCUUGCCAAAAAUGAUCCUCCUGCUUUUUGUUACUAUUUUGUACAUAGUUGUUCUGGAACUCAGCGGAUACAGAAAAGCAGUAGGGGGUGGCUCCUUUUAUAUGCGUGGCUAUGAACCUAUAUUAGCCAUUUUGCUGUUUUCUUGUGCUUUGGCACUUCAUUCCAGGCAGGUGGACUUGAAGUUACGUCUGGACUACCUCUGGGCUGUGCAGGCAGAAGAAGAGAGAGAUGAUAUGGAGAGAGUAAAGCUGGAUAAUAAAAGAAUUCUCUUCAAUCUCUUGCCAGCACAUGUUGCACAGCACUUUCUUAUGUCUAACCCUAGGAACAUGGACCUUUAUUACCAGUCAUAUUCACAAGUGGGAGUGAUGUUUGCUUCCAUCCCAAAUUUCAACGAUUUCUACAUUGAACUGGAUGGCAAUAACAUGGGAGUGGAGUGUUUACGCCUCUUAAAUGAAAUUAUUGCCGAUUUUGAUGAGCUUCUGGACAAAGAAUGUUAUAAGGACAUAGAAAAGAUCAAGACAAUUGGCAGUACAUAUAUGGCAGCUGUAGGACUUGUACCAACUACAGGAACUAAGGCUAAAAAAUCAGUUGAUUCCCACUUGAGUACACUGGCAGAUUUUGCAAUAGAGAUGUUUGACGUUCUUGAUGAAAUCAACUAUCAGUCUUAUAACGACUUUGUCCUCCGAGUUGGUAUUAAUGUUGGGCCUGUAGUGGCAGGAGUUAUUGGGGCCAGAAGACCACAAUACGAUAUCUGGGGCAACACUGUAAACGUUGCCAGCAGAAUGGACAGUACUGGAGUGCAGGGUAAAAUUCAGGUGACAGAAGAAGUUCAGCGGAUAUUAAAGAGGUGCACUUACGAGUUUGAGUGCCGAGGUAAAGUCAGUGUAAAGGGAAAAGGCGAAAUGUUGACCUAUUUUCUUGAAGGAAAGGCCAAUGGAAAUAAUUCACAACCACGGUCUUUAAACUUAGAGCGGAAAAUGUACUCCUACGGGAGAACAAACAUUCAAACCAAACUGGGCACCAGUUGUCCGUCAGUGUCCUCAGUCGCCAGCUUUACUGUAAAAGCUGGGCUUGGAGCACUUCAAGCAUCAACAACCCACACAAAUCAAACAUUACAUUACCUUCCUUCUGUGCCAGCUGUGAAAGAAGCAUAGAGCAGAGAAAAUUUGGUUACGGCAUUUGCAGUGAACCCAGAGAGCAGAGGUUGCCUGAAUUUUCACCAGGAGGUCAAGGAUCAUAGGCCAUGGCAUCAACCAAGGAUCACUACAACCCAACCAAAGAGAACUUGGGAACUGCAUAAACGAACUCUUGGAAUGGAACAAAUAAGGGCUAGCAAUUCUGUUAGGAAAAGUCCAAACCCAAUUUUUUGGAAAUAGGGAAUAUUUUCUUGGCAUUUUUAAAGGAUAAAUGCUAUAAUUGAAAAAAGUGUACACGUGACACUGUAUUUGUGUGUGUAUAUGUAUAUAUUAAAUCUAUAUAUGCACAUAUACAAACACUCCUAUAUAGAGAUAGAUAAUAGAGAUUUAUAUAUGUAUAAAAUAUGUAUUUAUUUACACAUCCACCUGCAAUGGCAUAAGGGAGAGAUUUCUCUUACCACCAUAUCCAGUAUUGUUGGGUCUGAGGUUAGUAAAACUGCUAUUAGGAAAGGAGGGUGAGAUGAUUGAAAAUUAUCUGGGGCUAUAGCAAGCAUUAUGGAAACCUUGCUCCACUGCUUGAAAUAAGGAAAAAAGAAUUCGUCAGCGACUGGUAAAUGAAGGCUGAAUUAAAGCCAACUGCUAAAUUGAGGUAUCUUUUAAGUUUUAUUUGCAUGUUCAGUAGCUUUGAAUGCUUUCCAGUUACAAUUACAGCACAAUGCUAUGAGCUAGACAAGAGACAGAGCUUAGGAAUUUGACCAGAUACUAAUAAAUGUUCUUUCCAUUGACAAAGAAGGUUGCUAAAAUACUGUCUUUCUGUAGGACAUUUUGGCCUUGCAUAAGACAGAGGUGCCAUCCUGCAAGCACAGCAAUAUGCUUAUGCAAUAUAGAAACAAAUUUCCUGUUUUAUGCGCAUUGCCAAUUGUAUUGAAGGUAGAGAACAGUGGGACAUUCUCUUUAUGCAGUAGCAGAUUUUCACUGAAAGCACAGAUUUUCUUGCUCAGUGAGGAUUUAGGCCUGU